UCACAUUUUUGACACUUCAUUUCCUUUCCAUACUUCGAGAAUUUGCCGCAAUCGUAUUAGUUUAUAUUAUAACUGUACCUGUACGAAUUAAUUACUUAGACGGAAGUUUCGAGAUGCCUCAAGCGGGUCGGAAGACGCCGUUCAGCGGCAAAGCGAAGAAGCAGCAGCUGCAAUCUAAGAAACAGAAUAAAACGCUAUUACUCUCCACCACAUCAGGAGAGUCCGGCCAGGAUGUGAUGUCUGUGAACUACCAGCCGUCGAGGGGCGGCAGGAACUGCAACAGAUAUGCUCUCAAGUUCUUCAGGGAGAGUGAUGCGGAGCUUAAGAUGAAGAAAGAGGAUGCUUUGAAAGCCCUAAACCCCGUCGCGGAGACAGAGCUGGAGGUGGACCCCCAUGUGUACUUCCCCGAGGACCUGGCAUUCCCCAAGCGGCCUCCAUGGGACUUCAGCAUGUCUCCUGCACAACUGGAUGCUCAGGAGCAUAAAUAUUUUACGGAGUACAUAAACAGCCUGCAAGCCACCGAGUACUGGAAGCAGAUGUCCUACUUCGAGCUGAACCUGGAGACCUGGAGGCAGCUCUGGCGGGUGCUCGAGAUGUGCGAUAUACUUCUACUCAUAGUUGACGUUCGGUUUGCGGGUAUGAUGUUCCCCCCCUCCCUUUACAAGCACGUAAUGGAACAACAAAAAGACAUGAUCCUGGUGCUGAACAAGGUGGACUUAGUGCCGGCGGCCGCGGUGGUCGCCUGGAAGAAGUAUCUGACCGAAACGUGCCCCGGACUCAGGGUCGUGUACUUCACUUCGUGUCCGGGGUACAAUCUGAGCGGGGCCACUAGUGAUAAAGCGGGCCUCCUCGUGCGUCGCCGGCGCGGCCGCCAGCGCAUGUGUGCAGAGGGCGCCACCAGGCUGCUGGAGGCCUGCGGGGAGCUGGUCGGCGCCCGCGUGGACCUCGGCUCCUGGGAGAAGAAGAUACGGGAGGAGACUGAUGUGGAGUUCGAUUAUGACGACCAGGCCGAAGUGGGCGAAACGAUUCUCCAAGAAGCGGACACGUCCUACUACAAACACGAAAAGUACAAAAACGGCGUCCUGACCAUAGGCUGCGUCGGCCAACCGAACGUGGGCAAAUCUUCCCUCAUGAACGCUAUCAUGGGCCGUAAGGUGGUCUCCGUGUCCAAGACCCCGGGACACACGAAGCAUUUCCAGACCAUAUUCCUGACGCCACAGGUCCGUCUGUGCGACUGCCCCGGUCUGGUGUUCCCAUCUCUGGUGCCGCGGCCCGUUCAGAUACUUAUGGGCGCGUAUCCCAUUGCGCAGUUGCGGGAACCCUAUACCACCAUCAGAUAUCUAGGCGAAAGGCUAGACCUGCCAUCGCUGCUCCGCAUGGAGCACCCGGAGCACGACGACACGUGGUCUCCGAGAGACAUUUGCGACGGAUGGGCUAAGAAGAAAGGCUAUCUCACCGCUAAGGCAGCUAGACUGGACACGUACCGAGCGGCGAACAGCCUGCUACGCAUGGCGCUCGAUGGAAAGAUCUGCCUUUGGCUUCGCCCGCCCGGAUACGCGGCUAAUAAAGGAUCGUUCGAGACCGCCGACGAGCUGAAAUACGUGAAAUGGGUCCAAGCGCUCACAUCACAAUCGGCGCAGCCGGGGCGGGGGCCGGCCGCCAGCGAGAGUUCCGGAGAUACAGACACACAGACAGACGCGGACGACAGCGACAGCAGCGGGGUGGAAGAUAUUGCUGUUGCUAAUAAGUUCGCCGCUCUAGGGCACCACUAGAAAUGUAUUCAUAAAAUAUACAUUUUAUGUCAUCACAGUUUAUUUAUUUAUUUUAAACUUUAUUGCACAUAAUAAGUGUACAACGGGCGGACUUAAUGCCAUUGUAGGCAUUCUCUACCGGUCAACCGUAGGGCUAAACAAAAAAGCGUCAAGGUGGGUGCACUGAGAAAAAAAAAACAAAAAAAAAACGUAACUUUAUACUUUACGUAAGUUAUAAGGGUGUCCAGAAAAAAAGAGUUUUUAUUGUGACACCUUUUUUCUUCGUUUUAAUCAAUAGACUUCGUGAUUCUGAGUCGAAAUAAUCCAAAAGUUGAUGGUUUUUCAAAAAACGGUACACAUCUGAAAAUGCUCUUAUGAUCAUUUUAUGAAACUCGCUUCGUUCGUUUCAUAAACCCACACUCAUGUCUUAAUGCCUUUCAUUAUGUAACAGUCACAUAAACUAGUAUUUUAGUUUCCUUGCUUUAUUAAUUACCAACGUGCUGUGGUGGCCGAGUGAAUCUGACGUCCAACUUACAAUCCGGAGAUCGCAGAUUCAAAUCCCGACUCGUACCCAUGAAUUUUUCGGAACUUAUGUAUGGAAUAUCACUUGAUAUCUACCACUUUUGGACCCGGGUAUGUCCUUAAACUACAUCCAAAAGAGAGGAAUGGGCACUGUGAAUGACCUUUCGCUUUGUGUGGUAGGGCACAGGACAGCGGAUGUCAUUCCAGAUCUAGAGCAGAGCCCAACUGGGGAGGUACCUCCACCUUACAGAAAACCGCAGCCAAAUAACACUAGACCCUACUAAUAGUGUUGUGUUCCUGCCGGUGAGUAAGGUUGCCAGAGCUCAACGAGGGAGAGGAUGUUAGGGUCGGCAACGCGCAUGUAACUCCUCUGGAGUUGCAGGCGUACAUAGGCUACGGAGACUGCUUAACAUCAGGCAGGCCGUAUGUUUGUUUGCCACCGACGUAGUAUAAAAAAAAAACUUUGCAUUG